AUGUUGAACGGUGCAACUGAACGCGGUGGGUUGUCUCUUCAGUCGUCCCCAGUGAAAGUGUCACCAUCCCCAGUGAGAGCGUCGCCAAGUCCCGUACGAACACCAUCAUCGCCGUUGAAGUCGUCAUUAUCAGCUACGGGGAGACAGAGAUCUCCAAAAAAGUGCCAGUUUGCAGCGCCGGUCGAAGAUGCGAGGGAUAAAUGUGGCACGUCAUGGCUGUGCCGGCGUGGAGCAGCAACUGGAGACGAAUCGGAACCGGAUCGAUCUCCAGGACCAAGUGUACCGCUGCCGCAGGGUUGUGAAGACUCCGCCCCUCCACCGAAGAAUUGCUACAGAUUGGUCAUGCUAGGAUCUGCACGAGUUGGCAAGACAUCUCUAGUGUCACGAUUCCUAGGUACAAAAUUCGAGGACAGUUAUACUCCUACCAUAGAAGACUUUCAUCGUAAGUUAUAUCGGAUUCGUGGGGAAGUUUACCAGCUGGAUCUUCUGGACACUUCGGGAAACCAUCCAUUCCCAGCUAUGAGACGACUUUCUUUCCUAACAGGUGACCUCUUCGUUUUGGUUUUUUCAAUGGACAGUCGUGAAUCUUUCGAAGAGGUCAUUCGCCUUCGAGAGCAGGUCCUGGAGACUAAAGCCAACGCGACCAGCGGUAGCAGUCGGGGACGGAAGCAUGUGCCUCGGGUACCAAUGGCUAUUGCGGGCAAUAAAUGUGAUAGAGAUCUGAAGACUGUACAACCGGAGGAAGCAACGGCGUAUUGCGCCACUCAAGAUUCGGCCUGUGUGUUCGUCGAAACGUCAGCAAAGAGGAAUUAUCGUGUCGACGACCUUUUCUAUGAAUUAUUUGUAGUAGCAAAUCUUCCAUUAGAAAUGGCACCAAAUCACCACAAAAGAGUUAGUACUGCAUUUGGGAGUCCUUGUACCUUACCCCCAACAAGCAGCCAAGGUAGUAGAAGUAAGAAAUGUACACUUUCAAUAAAAAGAAGACUGUCGGACGCGUGCGGUGUGGUCGCACCUAACGUCCGGCGGCCGAGCAUUCGCACGGAUCUCAUGAUCAUGCGAACUAAGACCUGUGCCAAGGGAGAUGGAGACAGCGUUAGUGGAAGUCCGAAGCUCAAUUUAAAUAGACUUGUCCGGACCAGCGGCCAGAAUGAUAAGAGAUCCUGCUGCAUUCAGUGA